GCAAUGGACGCGCUGGAGUCGUUGUUGGACGAGGUGGCCUUGGAAGGGCUCGAUGGACUCAGUCUGCCCGCGCUCUGGAGCCGCCUGGAGACGCGAGCGCCGCCCUUCCCGCUGCCUUUGGAGCCCUACACGCAGGAGUUCCUGUGGCGGGCCCUUGCCACGCACCCGGGCAUCAGCUUUUAUGAGGAGCCACGGGAGCGACCCGACCUCCAGCUCCAGGACCGGUAUGAAGAAAUUGACUUAGAAACCGGAAUUCUGGAGUCCAAGAGGGACCCGGUCCCUUUAGAGGACGUCUACCCCAUUCAUAUGAUUUUAGAGGACAAGGAUGGCAUCCAGGGCUCCUGCCGAUACUUCAAGGAGAGGAAAAACAUUACCAAUGAAAUCCGGACCAAGUCGUUGCAGCCUCACUGUACGAUGGUGGAAGCCUUCGGCAGGUGGGGAAAGAAACUGAUCAGUCGCUUCCCAGGACAUGCGGUACCGGGCCCUGAUCGGCGCCGAGGGGGACCCUGACCUGAAGCUCCCUGACUUCUCCUAUUGCAUUUUGGAGCGGUUGGGCAGGUCCAGGUGGAAGGAGAGCUCCAGCGAGACCUUCACAGCACCGCGUUCAAGGUCGACGCUGGGAAGCUGCACUAUCACAGGAAAAUCCUGAACAAGAACGGGCUCAUUACGAUGCAGUCACACGUGAUCCGCUUGCCCACUGGGGCCCAGCAGCACUCGAUCCUCCUGCUCCUGAACCGCUUCCACGUGGACAGGAGGAGCAAAUACGACAUCCUCAUGGAGAAGCUCUCGGGCGUGCUGAGCACGCGGAAUAACCAGAUCGAGACCCUAGGAAAGCUGCGGGAAGAACUGGGUCUGUGUGAGAGGACGUUUAAGCGCCUGUACCAGUACAUGCUGAGUGCCGGGCUAGGGAAGGUGGUGUCUCGUCCCUUGCAAGAAAUCCACCCUGAGCGUGGACCCUGUAAGACCAAGAAAGGGACUGACGUUAUGGUGCGGUGCCUCAAGCUGCUGAAGGAGUUUAAACGGCGCUACGAAGACGACCAGGACGAGGAUGACGACGAGGAGGUCUUCUCCAAGGCGGUGCCUCCGGUGGACAUCGUGUUCGAGCGGGACAUGCUCACGCAGACCUACGAGCUGAUUGAGCGCAGAGGCACUAAAGGAAUUUCCCAAGCUGAAAUCCGAGUGGCCAUGAAUGUGGGGAAACUGGAAGCAAGAAUGCUGUGUCGUCUUCUUCAGAGAUUCAAGAUCGUUAAGGGGUUCAUGGAAGACGAAGGUCGCCAGCGGACCACCAAGUACAUCUCCUGUGUUUUCGCCGAAGAGAGCGAUCUCAGCCGGCAGUAUGAGCGGGAGAAAGCGCGGGGGGAGCUCCUGACCACCGUGAGCUUGGCCACUGUGCAAGAGGAGUCCCUUCCGCCCGAGGGAGAAGACACCUUCCUCUCGGAGUCGGACAGCGAGGAGGAGCGCACCCGGAGCAGCAGAAGGAAGAGGAAAGGCAAAGGGUCGUCCCCUCCCGAUGUGGCUGGAGUUCACACCUCCUCCCACCUCCAUACAGGUGGCUGGAAGGCCCCAAAUCUGAAGAAGCCGCCAUCUGGCUCCUCCGGAGCGGCUGAGGAGAAAGGCUGCUGGAGUUCAGGUGCCGGGGACAGUCUGCUGGACACCAGUGGCUUCUCGGACGGCAAUGUGCCCUAUGGCGCCCACCACUUGGAGGAGGACAGUGAGGAAGCUGUGAUUGAGGAAGUCAGGCUGGAAAACCCAAAGGAGAGCAGCAGUUCGCAGAAGUCCGGGAAGCAAAGCCAAGACAAGCCCCACGAAACCUACCGCCUGCUGAAGCGCAGGAAUCUGAUCAUAGAAGCUGUCACCAACCUCCGCUUAAUCGAGAGCUUGUUCACGAUUCAGAAAAUGAUCAUGGAUCAGGAGAAGCAAGAAGGAGUGUCCACUAAGUGUUGUAAGAAGUCUAUUGUCCGCUUGGUGCAGAACCUGUCCGAGGAAGGGCUCUUAAGGCUGUUCCGAACCACAGUCGUUCAGGACGGCAUCAAGAAGAAGGUGGAGCUGGUAGUGCACCCGUCCAUGGACCAGAAUGACCCGCUGGUGAAGAGCGCCAUCGAGCAGGUCCGUUUCCGGAUCUCCAACUCCAGCACAGCGACCAGGAUUAAAGUGGUCCCACCUACAGCGUCACAAGGGGAGGCCGACGACGAGAGUCAGGGGAAAGAAGGCCCCAGUGGGUCCGGAUACCCUCACUCGGGCGCAUCCUCUAAAGCUGACAAUGGGCGGAAUAAGAAACCCGAAGAGAAUAUGGGCAUGGGCACACUCAAAGAUUACCACCCUGUCGUAGUUCCUGGACUGGGACGUUCGUUGGGCUUCCUGCCCAAAAUGCCCCGCCUGCGGGUCGUGCAUAUGUUCCUGUGGUACCUGAUCUACGGGCACCCUCCCCCCAACAUGGAGAAGCCGGGCCUCCACGGGGAGAGGAGACCGGGGAAGCCGGAACCUGCAAAUGACUCAGAGGCCUCCUCCGAUGGCCCGUCCAGAGACAACGAGGACAGCUCCACCUUCGAGUCCGGAGGGGAGCUCACCCCAGAGGCAGUAUAUGUAGAAGAAUCCUCGUGGAUGCGCUUCGUGCCCCCCAUCCCAGUGCACAGAGACUUCGGCUUCGGCUGGGCCCUCGUCAGCGACAUUCUCCUCCGCCUGCCCCUCUCCAUCUUCGUGCAGAUCGUGCAGGUCUGCUACAAGGUGGAAGGCCUGGAGGACUUUCUGAACGACCCUCUGAAGAAGCACACGCUGAUCCGCUUUCUCCCCAGGUCCAUCCGGCAGCAGCUUCUGUACAAGAGGCGCUACGUCUUCUCGGUCAUAGAGAGCCUGCAGAGGCUGUGCUACAUGGGGCUGGUGCAGUUCGGUCCCACAGAGAAGUUUCAGGAUAAAGAUCAGGUCUUUAUCUACCUGAAGAAGAACGCCGUCAUUGUGGACACCACCAUCUGCGACCCGCAUUACAACCUGGCCCACAGCAGCCGGCCCUUCGAAAGGCGCCUCUACGUGCUGGACUCCAUGCAGGACGUGGAGAACUACUGGUUUGACAUGCAGUGCGUCUGCCUCAACACCCCGCUAGGGGUGGUGCGCAACCCACGCCCCAAGAAGACCAGCAACCAGGACGCGGGCAGCGACGAGGAGGGCAGCCUGCAGAAGGAGCAGGAGAACGCUAUUGACAAGCACAACCUGGAGCGCAAAUGCGCCAUGAUGGAGUACACCACGGGCAGCCGUGAGGUCGUGGACGAGGGCGUGAUCCCUGGAGAUGGGCUGGGAGCUGCCGGGCUGGAUUCCAGUUUCUACGGACACCUCAAGCGCAAUUGGAUCUGGACCAGCUACAUCAUCAAUAAAGCAAAAAAGGAGAACAUGGCCUCGGAAAAUGGGCUCACAGUGAGGCUCCAGACCUUUCUGACCAAGCACCCCAUGCCAUUCGGUGGUGGAGGCAAUAACAGACUGAGUCUUUGGGGAGACGCGCGAUCGGCCCCUGAGGUCUCGGCCGACCAGGAGGAGCAGGUUGAGGUGGACAAGGAGCCCACGCAGGACAGAAACAAGAGAGUGAGGGGCGGGAAGAGCCAGAAGCGGAAGCGGCUGAAGAAGGACCCGGGAAAGAAGGUCAAGAGGAAGAAGAAAGAAGAGCCCCCAGAGGACAAAAGCAGGAAGACGCGCUACCACGACGAGGCGGACCAGAGCGCCCUGCAGAGGAUGACCCGGCUGCGUGUGGCCUGGUCCAUGCAGGAGGACAGGCUGCUCAUUUUCUGCCGCAUCGCCAGCAACGUCCUCAACACCAAGGUGAAGGGCCCGUUUGUCCCCUGGCAGGUCGUGCGGGACAUUCUCCAUGCCUCCCUGGAAGAGUCUUUGGACAAGACAUCUCACUCGGUUGGACGAAGAGCUCGUUACUUAGUGAAAAAUCCACAAGCCUAUCUGAACUACAAGGUUUGCCUCGCCGAGGUGUACCAGGAUAAGGCACUUGUUGGGGAGUUUAUGAGCCGAAAAUGUAACUAUGAUGACCCGCAGGUUUGUGCCAGUGAGUUUAAAGAAUUUGUGGAGAAGCUUAAAGAGAAGUUCAGUUCAUCCCUAAAGAAUCCGAACCUUGAGAUCCCUGACAGCCUACAGGAGCUGUUUGCCAGGUACCGAGUUUUGGCCAUUGGAGAUGAAAAAGAUCAAGCCAAUAAAGAGGAUGAACUGAACAGUGUGGACGAUAUCCACGUGCUGGUGCUCCAGAACCUCAUCCAGAGCACGCUGGCCCUUUCCGACAGUCAGAUGAAGUCCUGCCAGUCGUUCCAGACUUUCCGCAUAUACCGCGAGUAUAAGGACCAGAUCCUCGUCAAGGCCUUCAUGGAGUGCCAGAAAAGGAGCCUGGUCAACCGACGCCGCGUCAACCACACCCUGGGCCCAAAGAAGAACCGGGCGCUGCCCUUCGUGCCCAUGUCCUACCAGCUGUCGCAGACCUACUACAGGGUUUUCACCUGGCGCUUCCCGAGCACCGUGUGUACAGAAUCGUUCCAGUUCUUCAGCAGAAUCCUGGCUGCGGGCAAGUCGGACCAGCCCGAUCAUUUUACCUUCAAAGACCAGGACAGCGGCCCGGCCAGUGACAUGGUGGCGUUUUCUUUGGAUGGCCCCGGGGGCCACUGUGUGGCGGCCCUGACCCUCUUCUCCCUGGGCCUGGUGUCGGCGGACGUCAGGAUCCCAGAGCAGAUCGUGGUGGUGGACAGCUCCAUGGUGGAAAAUGACGUCAUUAAGAGCAUGGGGAAGGACGGCACCUUGGAGGACGACGAGGACGAAGAGGAAGACCUGGAUGAAGGCUCGGGGGGCAAGCGCCGGAGCAUCGAGGUGAAAGCCCCCCAGGCCUCGCACACCAACUACCUGCUGAUGAGGGGCUACUACGCCCCCGGCAUCGUCAGCAGCCGCAACCUCAACCCCAACGACAACAUCGUCGUGAACUCCUGCCAGGUGAAGUUCCAGCUCCGCUGCACCCCUGCGCCCACCUCCCUCGAGCCCGCUGCCACUGCUCUGGAGGAGCUGACCGUGGGAACGUCCUGCCUCCCUGACACUCUAACCAGGGUGAUCAACACCCAGGAGAACAGCCUGGAAGAGUUUGUCCACCUGGUGGCGCUGUCGGGGUACAAGCCAGAAGACGUGGUGGCCGCCCUGGAGAUCCAGAGGGCCGUUGCAGCAGCGGGUUAUUUUGGGGUUGACAGGAUGGCGCUGAGCAGACAGUUCUCUGCCUUUGAGGAGACAGACGGCGAGCGCACCAGGACGUUCUCCGACUACGUCCAGGACCUCCUGGAGCAGCACCAGGUCCUGGAAGUCGGCGGCAACACCGUUCGCCUGGUGGCCAUGGCUUCUGCCGAGCCCUGGCUCCUGCACUCGGUGCGUCUGAAAGGCCGAGAGGAGGACGCCGAGGCUCCAAGAGAGGACUCCCAGGCCAGAACGCUGGAAGGGGCUUCUAGCGAGGGCAGCCCCUUGGAGAGGCAGGCCCCAACUCCCCAGGGCCCUCGGGGCACCAAGAGGGGUAGCGGCUGGACCAGUCCGAGCAGCUCCGAGAGCCCCCAGCCGCCCCCCGCCAAGAGGCCUGCGCUCCAGGCCGGGUGCUUCCCCUCCAGCCUUGGGCGGAGAACAGAAGCAGGGCCCGAACCCGGGGCCCCUGCUCUGCUUGUAACUCCCGAAGACACAGGCCCCGGGGAGCCUCCCCUGGGAGCACUGCAGGCCCAGCACCAAGACGACGACGACCCAGAGCCCAGCUCACCUGGUCAAGAACAGCUGAGCUACCAGGCCCAGCUUCCAGAAAGCUGUGAGGACCCCCGAGGAGUGGCUGAGAGCUCUGCGGCCAGCAGCCUGUCGCAAAUGGCACAAGAACGGGACGGCGAGAGCAUCUGCUUCAUCGGCCGCCCGUGGCGCAUCGUGGACAGCCACCUGAACACGCCGGUGGCCAAGGGCAUGAUGGAGGCCCUGCUCUACCACAUCAUGAGCAAGCCCGGGAUCCCCGAGAGCCACCUGCUGCAGCACUACCAGGGCGUCCUGCAGCCAGUGGCCGUGCUGGAGCUGCUCCAGAGCCUGGUGUCCCUCGGCUGCGUCCGGAAGCGUGCCCUGAAGAAGCCCCCCGCCGUCUCGCUCUUCUCAAAGCCCGUGAUUGAAGAGGCCGAGGUGCCUGCCAGGCCCUGCGGGAGCCCCACAGCCUUCUACGAGCCCACGCUGGACUGCACCCUCCGCCUGGGCAGGGUCUUCCCCCAUGAGGUCAACUGGAACAAGUGGGUCCAUUUCUGAAGUAGGGCCACCCCCCCACCCCUCCCUGAGCUCCGGAGAGUGCCCCCCUGACCCCCACCCGGCUGCUCCCUGCAACUCUCCUGGGCCACCCUGGGCACUGGUGUCACUCCCCAGGACGUGGGGCUUCUUGUCCCAGCCAGGGUCGGGGUGGCGGGCAGCAACUGGCCACUGUGAUGCCCUUCCCGUGCUCUGGAGGGCACAUCCUCACACAGGGCCCUGAGGGCGGCUGCGUCUGCACAGGGCAUGCCUCGCUGGGCACCCACCCUGGAGCACCCAUGUGCCCCAAGGAUGGGUUCUGAUGGAGACUGGGCACCUGCUGCCCAGCUGAGACUUAGCACCACAGCAGAGACUGACCCUCGCCUCCUCGCCGCCUGAGCUCGGAGCAAGGCCCCCGAGGGGCAGGGAUGUGUGGCGACAACCCCACCCCCACCCCACCUCCUCACUACCAGUAGAGCCCCUAGUCUAACCACUUAGGUUUUCUUCUGAUCUUUCAAUCCUCUUUCUGAUUAAAAAAGAAAUUCCUGGCAUGUAUUUAUUUUUUUUUUAUUAAAGUGAAGCAAAAAGCA